AUGGAGUGUGUGCCAGGAGGUCUUCAGGGCCACACAUCUCCAUAUUCUUUUGCCAGACUUGGGAAUCCACUCUAUGUGGAAGAGCCCUGGUUCUGGGGAUGUGGUCAGACCAACGUGUCCUGCAAGGUGGUGAAGGGGAAGAUGGUGGAAAUGGGCAAGUGGCCAUGGCAGGUGAACCUCCUGUACCUGGGCAUGUACAUCUGCAGUGGCUCUCUCAUCCACCGCCAGUGGGUCCUCACGGCUGCGCACUGCUUAGAGAGGUCCCUGGACCCCGCCCAGUACUCUGUGAUGACGGGAAUCCAACACCUCUCAGAAAAGGGCAUUCAGCUCCCGCUCAGUCAGGUUGUGAUUCAUGAGAAUUUCAGGAACCUCUUGUCCGAUGACAUUGCCCUCCUGAAGCUCAAGGACCCCAUCUCCUGGUCCAGCUUCGUCCAGCCUGUCUGCCUACCUAAUGCCAAACUCACACCAUCUGUUGGAAACACGUGCUGGGCGAUCGUGUGGGGACAACCAAAUGUGAAAGCGACUCCAAAGAUCUACAGUCUUCAGGAGGUGGCUGUCAAGAUAAUAAAAAACGAGGUCUGCGAUCAGCAAUAUGGGUUCCUCUUCUUGAAGGGCCUGAAGAAGCUCCUCGGGAAAGACUUGCUGUGUGCCCACUCAGAACUGGGUGUAGACUCUUGUAAGGUUAACUCGGGCAGCUCCUUGGUCUGCCAAGUGAACAAGACCUGGAUGCAGGUCGGGGUGGAGAGCUGGAGCUUCAGCUGCAAACAGCACCAUUUCCCCAACAUCUACACCAGCACUUCCUACUACAGCAGCUGGAUCAAGAGGCAGAUCACCGACCAGCAGUUCAUCAGCAGGGCCAGCCCCGCCUUCCUGAACCCGGUCUUGCGCACUGGCUACAUUCUGCUGGUCCCCUUGGGCUCCCUGUGGCUCCUGCGAGAAGCCUUUCCAGGGGCCGGUCCCUGA